AUGUUCAUCGAGGACAUCGAUCCCAAGACUUUCGACGCGGCCUUUUUCGGCAUCAACAAGCAAGCAGCGGUCGCAAUGGAUCCCCAACAGCGCCAGCUCCUAGAGGUUGUGUAUGAAGCACUGGAGAACGCUGGGAUUCGGUUGGAAGACGUGAACAAGAAGGCUAUUGGGACUUUUGUAGGGUCUUAUGCAGUCGAUUAUGCUGAUGUCCGAGCUCGAGACCCGACGGACAGAGCUCCCGGUGUGACAGUGGGCGUUGGGAGGGCGAUUCUCAGCAAUCGCAUCAGCUAUUUCCUCAACACCCAAGGUCCAAGUAUGACCAUUGACACGGCAUGCUCGGGGAGCUUGGUCGGCCUGGACGUUGCCUGUCGCUAUUUGUCCAACGGUGAGAUCGACGGUGCGAUUGUGGCUGCGGCAAACAUUUACCUCAGUCCGGAGCACGCCAUGGACACGGGAGUGAUCAACGGGGCAAUGUCAAUCACGGGGAGGUGCCAUAGCUUUGAUGCACGGGCUGAUGGAUAUAUCAAGGCCGAGGCCGUGAAUGCCGUUGUUAUCAAACGUCUUGCCGAUGCGAUCCGGGAUGGAGACCCUAUUCGAGCGAUUAUCCGUGGCUCUGCUACCAACAAUGACGGGAGAACUGGUGGAAUCACAGCUCCUAGUCCAGAGGCGCAAGCAGUAGCCAUACGAAAUGCCUAUGCAAAUGCAGGUAUCACGGAUUUGAAUGAGACGACCUACGUCGAGUGCCAUGGCACGGGAACACAAGCCGGCGAUCCUGCUGAAGCGCAGGGAGUUGCCUCUGUGUUUUCCGAAACGCGAGAUCCACGACGUCCACUCACUAUCGGCUCUGCCAAGGCGAACAUCGGUCACUCCGAGCCGGCGGCUGGGAUCACGGGACUCAUCAAGGCCGUUCUCACGCUGGAGAGUGACUCCAUACCUGGCCUGCCGUCUCUCCAAACUCCGAAUCCUCAAAUCGAUUUCGAGGGAUCCAAGCUGAAGAUCUCACGUGAUGCAAUCCCGUGGCCUGAGGUACAGUUUCGAAGGGCAAGUGUCAACUCGUUUGGGUACGGAGGGUCCAAUGUGCAUGUCGUGCUCGACGCCCCAACCCAUGAGCAACGACAGUCAUUCCAGUUCUCGCAUCAAAGCCAUUACACCGGACAACUGCUGGACAACGGGCGACCACGAGAGCGGCAUCAAUUGCUUGUCCUGAGCGCAAAUGAUGCAGAAGCUUUGCACCGGAAAUUCCAGGCGCUUGCCAAUCAUGUGCUGAAUCCUAGCGUAUCGAUAGAUAUGCGCUCACUGAGUUACACGCUGUCAGAGCGUAGAAGCCACCUGUUCCACCGAGGUUUCAUCGUCACGGACACCACAGCCUUGGACGUGGGCCGUCUCGUGACAGGCAAGAGGCGCAGCAAGCCGCCCGCGAUUGCCUUCAUCUACACUGGGCAAGGCGCCCAAUGGCCGCAGCAAGGAAAAGCGCUGCUCGAGCUGUAUCCGCAGCUGACGCAGCUAAUACUCGACUUGGACGAUGUCUUGGCCGGGCUACCGCACCCACCUGCUUGGAAGUUGAUCGAUGAACUGACACUUCCACGAACCGCCGAAGAAGUGCAGCGGCCGGAGCUCUCGCAAACGCUCGUGACCGCUCUGCAGUUGGCUCUGCAUCACCUUCUUCGAGAAUGGAACGUUCUCCCGACCGCCGUGCUUGGUCACUCGUCGGGAGAGAUCGCCGCUGCCGCGGCAGCUGGUCUGAUAACUAAUGCUCAGGCGAUCACUCUUGCGUACUAUCGGGGAUAUGCCGCAGAGGGAGCUGCACAGUCAAGUGGUUAUGGUAUGUUAGCCACAGGCGCUGGUGCUGUUGAUGUGCAACCAUUUCUGGAGGGCCUAGAAGACAGCAUUCGGAUUGCAUGCCACAACAGUGCCAAAAGCACCACGCUAUCUGGUAGAGCAGCCGGAGUGUUCGCUCGACCACUGCACGUCAAUGUGGCUUACCACUCUCACUUCAUCGGAGAGGUCACCAGCCGUUACCAAGAACUCAUCACGCCGCACCUCUCCGAAUUCGAUUGUCAAAGUGCUGGGCCGCUCAUGUUCUCCUCCUUGACAGGCAGGAUACGAGACUUGGAAGUUGAUGCUCACUACUGGGCGAAAAAUAUGGCGUCUAUUGUGCGCUUUGACGAAGCUUUGACCCAGCUGGUCCUGGACACCAACGUGUCCAUUGACUUCUUGGUAGAGAUAGGGCCCUCAGGGGCGCUCGCCGGCCCGGUGAAACAGGUUUUGGAACAGGCUGGACGACAUCAAGACGUGACUUACACCCCGGCAUUUGCACGGGGCAAAGAUGCAAUCAGAAGCCUUGUCGAAUGCGCAGGUCGAGCGUUCAUUGCUGGGACUGAUGUAAACAUUCUUCGAGUGAACGCCAUCGACGAGCGGAGCAGACCUGCGGUGCUCGUCGACUUGCCGAAUUACUCUUGGGACCGCUCUCAAGAGUACUGGUACGAGAGCGAAUCCAGCGCGGACUGGCGGAACCGCCUGCACCCACAUCACGAGCUACUCGGGAGCAAAGUUUUGGGAACAAGUUGGCAGGAGCCGACCUGGAAGAACACGCUGCGACUGCAAGAUCUUCCUUGGUUGGCGGACCACAGGGCAAGUCGUUCCCCCUGGCUCAUGAUGUUUCGAGCUGACAUUGAGGCGCAGAUUGGAAGUGACAUCCUUUUCCCAGCGACUGGAUUCAUUGCGAUGGCCAUCGAGGCGAUACAGCAGCAGCAUGAGGCGUUGACUGGGCUGACAUCGCAGACUUCCUUGCAUGGUGUUCGCCUUCGCGAUGUGAAGUUCGACCGUGCACUUCCCUUUUUACCUGGAUCAGAUGUUAGAAUAAGGCUCACAUUGCGGCCACGCACAGGAGGCAAAUCGGAAUGGCACGAGUAUAAUAUCGCUUCCUUUGCCCUCGAGAAGUGGCAAGAACAUAGCUCUGGUCUAAUCCGACGAGCGCACUCAGAAGAGGCUUCUCACUAUGCGGAGGGCGCAGCGGCCCAGCCACUUGAUCGACCGGUCCCCGGCACCCUCUGGUACAAGGCGAUGCGUGAUGUUGGAUAUAACUUUGGCCCGAGCUUUCGAACCCAGAAAGCCAUAUCGGCACACAUCGGCCAGCGCCGCAGCCGUUCAUUGGUAUCGCUUCAGGAGCCCGCGCUGCAAAGGCCAGCAUCACGUUACUUGAUCCACCCGGCUCCUUUUGAUGGAUGCAUCCAGAGCACGGCCCCUGCGAUGUGGGAAGGUGUGCGGUGGCAUGUGAACGAGCUCCUGGUCCCGGUCAGUAUCAAUGACAUCUUCGUCUCCUCGCAAUUGACAAGUAGCAUCGAUGAGGCACGAGUCGAAGCCACUGCAGACUAUUCGGGAGCCGGCAGGCCUGAGAGCGCGAAGAGCCACGUGUAUCACGUUUCUGUCCACGACGCGAGCUCGCAACAAUUGGUACUGCAGGUGUCGGGGUUGAGUCACAGCAUCAUCGAACGUCCUCCUUCGGUCUAUGACAACCAUAGAUACAGCCAAAUGCACUGGAAGCCAGACAUCUCUUUCGACCGCCCGGUGUACAAAGCUAGCUCCUUAUCACCCAUGCAUGAGUACAUCGAACUGAUACUGCAUAAGCACUCCAGACUGUCCGUAUUAGAAAUCGUGCAUGCUCAAGAUGUGGCCCAGAGCCUCUGGCUGGACUUCCCAAGCAAAUUUCGCGAAGCGGCUAGCAGUUUCGUCCUCGCUGUCCCUGGAUUGGACGAGCUCAUCGACUUCCAAACCAGGUACUCGACAGAACCCGCAGUUGAAGAUUUUGUCGUGAUCGAACGCACACUGGAAGCCAUGGGGGCUUCGGCUCUCACAAAGAGAGGGAAUUCCAAAUUCGAUCUUGUCAUCUAUCGGUCUGACCUGGAUCGCGAUGCUGAGCUCGUAAAGUCAGCUUCGAGAUACGUCGAACGCGGGGGAUACCUUCUGUGGAGCCAAGAACAUGCUGCAUCAUUGGACACAGAUCAUGUCAGGAUUGAUGGCCACGAUAGUCCACAAGAGCUGGGAGAAUCUCACGAGAAGUUGACGGACGAUAGCACUGACACUAUCCGCAAAGCAAACUUUGAAACCCUCCGGCAGGUGGGACUGCGUCGCAUACAGCUGGACAUCCCCGAGAUCUUGCUCCGCGGUAGCCAUACUCUCUGGGCCGACGAUUCCGAAUCGAGAUUGGCCGACGUAGGGGGCACCUUGAGACUUUCUGCGCUGACGCAACCUGGCACAGCAGUAGAUGGUCUGCUUGAUGGCUUAGCUCAGGCAGGCUGGAUUGUGGUACCAGAUGAUCAAGAUCUUACUGAAAGGAACUCCAGUCCCAUCUCCCUGGUCAUUGAGGCUGGAGAACCCAUUCUACCGGACAUAUCCAAAGAGGACUGGAGUUCCUUGCAGCAACUGCUCACCAGUGGAGUGCCAAUACUCUGGGUUACAGAAGGCUCGCAACUUGAAGCAGGUAAACCACACAAAGCUCUUAUACACGGUCUUCGCAGAUCAGCACAUGCCGAAGACCCGUCGCUAGAGCUCAUCACCUUGGACGUGGAGCAAAUCGACGGGCCAAACACUGUCUCUGCUGUACUGGAAGUCUUGCGCCGUUACCAAGCUGGGAGUCUGAAGGGAAAGGGCGAAGACUUUGAGUUUGCUGAGCGCGAAGGCGCGAUCUAUGUCCCUCGAGUGGUGCCAGAUGCACAACUAAAUACGGCCGCAGCAGAGCGUGGAAGAUCAGGCAGGGGCGCUCCACCGAUACAGAAGCCAUUUUCAUCGUUCGACGCACGAGUCGCGUUACAUUGCGAGAGGCCGGGCGACCUUGACUCACUCACGUGGCAGGAAGAAGAUGUGACGGUGGAGCUAGCAACGGGGACUGUUGAAGUUGAGAUCAUGGCAGUUUCUCUGGCAUUCAAAGAUGUGGCCGUGGCCAUGGGGCUCGUACCAGAGAAUGAGCAUGUCAUGGGUCUUGAUGGGGCAGGCAUUGUGCGACGAGUGGCCGGCAGCGGAGUCAUCAACCUCAGACCAGGACAGCGGGUCGUCGUUUCCGGCCACGGAGUCUUGGCCAAUCGUGUCAUCAAGCCAGCGUGCAGGGUGUGCGAACUGCCAGACUGGAUGACCUUCGAGCAGGUUGCCACCACGCCUUUCGUCACCGCUUUAUAUUCAUUAGAAGGGCUCGCUCGGUUGCGAAAGGGAAGUCGGGUGCUAAUCCACUCGGCAUCCGGAGCGCUCGGAGCGGCCGUCAUCCAGCUCUGUCGUGUGGCUCAGGCCGAAGUGUUCGCCACUGUCGGCAGCACGGAGAAGAAGGAGUUCCUGACUCGCGAAUAUGGCAUCCCAGAGGACCACAUUUUCAGUUCCCGAGACACGGCCUUUGCCUACGGCAUCCAAAAGAUCACUGCGGGCCGGGGCGUCGACAUUGUGCUCAAUUCACUCACGGGGGAGCUGCUCGAAGAGUCAUGGCGAUGCAUUGCCGAAGGAGGCACAUUCAUCGAGUUGGGGAAGCGAGACUUGCUGGAUCGGGGAUACCUGCCACUACACCCGUUCCUACGGAACUCAUCCUACCGAUGCGUCGACUUUGGUCACCGUGAAAUGCCAGAUGAGCUGAUUGGCGAGACGCUGCAGAAGGCAGUCACCCUCCUUGACCAAGGAGUGCUGAAGCCUAUCGAACCAGUCACUGUGUUUGGGUUCGAUCAGAUCUCGGCUGCAUUUCGUGCCAUGGGCGGGUAUCAUAUCGGGCGUGUCGUGGUCUCGAGAUCCGCAGACCGUGAUGUGGUGCUCCCCGUGCGACCUGGUCUACGGCAUCUGAGUCUGGACUCCGAAGCAGCAUAUGUGCUCAUUGGUGGUCUGAAGGGUCUCAAUGGCGGCAUUGCUGUGCAACUAGCCCUUUGGGGGGCGAAGACACUCGUGGUCCUGGGGAGAAGUGGCUACAAUGAUGAAAAGUCACAAUCGGUCUUGCGAGAGCUUGAGCUCCUGAGUGUCCGAGUCGUGCUAAUCCAAGGCGACAUUGCCGAGUACAGCGACGCUCGCCGCUGCCUCGACGCCGCUGGACCGCCAAUUCGCGGCAUCAUACACGCAGCAAUGGUGCUACGAGAUCGAGUCUUCGCUUCCAUGACGCACGAUGAGUACCAUCAGACUUUGCGAUCCAAAGUUCAAGGGGCGUGGAAUCUGCAUCGUGCAGCUGAGGAAUUGGACCUCCCGCUGGAUUUCUUCACGCUAUUCUCAUCCAUCUCCGGUUUGAUUGGACAAAAGGGCCAGGCCAACUAUGCUGCCGCCAAUGCCUUCCUGGACGCCUUGGCUGACUAUCGAAGGGUACGUGGCCUACCUGCUUGCUCCAUCGACCUGGGCGCUGUCGAUGAUGUCGGAUACAUGAGCGAACAUGUGGAUCUCCUGAAGGCGUUGGACACCAACGCGUGGACUCCGAUCAACCAAUCUCUUCUGCACGAGAUCCUGCGCUUCGCCAUCGAGCAGCAAGACAAGGACGCCCAGAUCAACCCGUCCAGCUCCGCGCAGCUAGUGACAAGUAUCUCGCAUCGUCAAAAGCCCGGCUACGGAUUGUUGUCUGACGCUCGCUUUGGUGCCCUUGGCCGCGGUCAAGCUGGCACAGAUGGUGCUGCAGCGGACGGGAUCGCAGCUGAGGCUGUAGAGGUGCGUGCUUUCCAAACGUUGAUUCGCAAUGGCCCCAAUAGCCCUACCGUCUCUCUCCAGCUGGCAGCCGUGGCUGCGAUCAAGGCGCAAAUCGCAAAGAUUCUCCAAAGCACGCAAGCGAUUGAGGAAGAACGCUCGCUGGGCGACUACGGCAUUGAUUCGUUAGCUGGAGUCGAGCUGCGUAAUUGGAUCCGGAGCCGCCUUGGAGUGGAAAUGUCUACGAUUCAGGUCACGCAGACGCCGUCGUUGACUGCGCUAGGAAGUGAAGUUGCAAGACUAGCGAGUCGUACGGUCGAUUAG